UAGUUCAUAGUAACUUCAAACUUGUAACAGUCGCGUUCGGGCUUCGAGAUCAUAAGGACGCGUGUUGCGGUGUCGUUGUAUAUAAACAAAAGAAUGAUAUACCGCGCAUUGUGAUAUACAAUAGUUAUCGAGCUUAUAAAUUUAAAAAGCGUUUAUUAAAGUGUUCUUGGACUUAAAAUAAAUAAAGUAAAAGGUGUAGAGCCUAUUCAAGAUGCCGGCAGAACCACUGGCUAAAGUUGUCCUGCGCAAUGUUACCCCGGAAAUAUCACGUCACAUGUUGUCCGAUGUGAGCACACUGCCUUGUGUGCAACUUGGUGACUAUCUUCUACAAUUUGAGCUUGAAGAGCCAAAAGAAUCUGUCCGAGAAAUAGCUAGACGCGAACUCCGAGAGACGCCAGACAUCGUGAAACCAGCGGUUGAGGAACUGAGAAGCCUCCUCGAAGCCGACAAAGACCUAUGGGUUCCCGUCGAAAACGACGCUUGGCUCAUCAGGUUCCUACGACCCUGCAAAUUCUAUCCUGAAAGUGCAUAUGAUUUAAUAAAGAGAUACUAUGCGUUCAAAGUAAAACACAGCAAGCAUUACGAGGGUCUGACUCCCAGUCAAGAGCAAAAUGUGUUCAAACAGAACGUUCUACGUGUUCUGCCAAACAGAGACCAGCUGGGACGGAGAGUUCUCGUACUGGAACUCGGGAAAAAAUGGAACCACAACAAAUGCUCGCUGGAUGAAGUGUUCAAGGGCUGCGUUUUGUUCCUCGAGGCGGCCAUGUUGGAGCCUGAGACGCAGGUCUGUGGGGCCGUCGUCAUCUUUGACAUGGAUGGACUCUCGCUGCAGCAAGUCUGGCAGUUCACGCCGCAGUUCGCAAAGAGAAUUGUCGACUGGUUACAGGAAAGCAUACCGCUCCGUAUCAAAGGUUUCUAUAUAAUUAACCAGCCAUACAUCUUCAAUAUGGUGUUCCAACUCUUCAAGCCCCUGCUGAAGGAGAAACUGCGGUCGCGUAUCGUUUUCAUGGGCAGUGACAGGGAGAUGCUCUAUAAAUAUAUAAGCCCCAAAUGUUUGCCAGAUUGCUAUGGAGGAACUUUGACCAUACCUAAUGUUUCUGGACCCCAAUGGUUGGAACUGCUCCUGAUAUGUGAUAAGGAGUUUAUAGCUAUCAAUUCGUAUGGGUAUAAGAAAAAGUAGAUUUAAUAUAUUUUAAAAUUUAAAUAAAAAUGUGAUAUUGAAAAUGUUAUCACCUACAUGGUGUUCAUUUUAUGCAUGACACGGUUUACUGUAUUUAGUUGUACGUUAUAAUAAUUAUGUUCGCAUUUUUCAUGAAUAAUUUUCUAUAUAAAAUUAAAAUCUCAUUGUAUAUACAUAUAGCUGUAGGGGUUUUUAUAUUGAAUAUGUUAAAAAAAAAGACAAAUAAUAUUUAAUACAUGAUGUAUAUAUGUUAUUGUUAAUAGAAAAAUCACUUAAAGGACUGUGAUAUUAUUGAUAAUGCACAAUGGAUUUGCGAAUUCAACUGAUGUGAUUGGAGUGUUGUUUUUAAAUCUUGUAAGUUUCUCCGCUCAAAAACACUUAAGCAACUGAAAAAAUACGCACACACACAAAAAAACGGACAUUACUAUACUAAAUUUUAAUUUAUAAUUCCGAAGCACAUGUUUAACAUAAAAAAAACAAAUUCGUGUCAUAUUUUAUGACAAAUGUGACAAGUUUUUCCAACAAGGUUCGAAAAUUCAUAGCACUUUAUAUGAUUAAGAGUAAUUCACCUGCGUUAAGGAAAUGGUACGGAUACAGACUUCAUGAGUUUUUUAAUGAAUUUAUUAAAGUUACAUAACAAUACGCCUGGUAUUGUAUUACAAGGUUCAUUUUAAUUUCCUGUAAUGAUAGGAAAAAAUCUGAAGAAUUACAGCUUAAACGAGCGGCUGCACAGAAAAAGUUGCUAACGGAGAUCGAUUAGGACCAUCAUUGGAAGGAUUAUUUCAAUUCGAUGGCCCAUGCCUUAAUAAAAACCACAAGCAAAUGUGGUCCACAUUAUUUUGAUGACCCUCCCUUUUAUACUUAAGCAGAACCCUCACUAUAUUAAUGUGCAUAAACCACGUUUCUAUAAAAAGAACAAAUUUAUCACAGAUUUUUUUUGUUUGUCAUAUUAUAUUCAAUUGUAAAUUAAUUUGUACAAAAAAAAUAUAUAUAUUUUUAUUUCUAUA